AUAGUUCAGCCUACAGUUUAUCAGUCGCGACCGCCGCAUUCAACCAUUGCGCGACCCUCUCGCGUGGGAGGUUUGCAAAUCUCGCGCAAGCUUCCCGCCAAAGCGCGCGUUAAUAAUUCUGAAAUGUAAAUUGAUGUAGCAAAAUAGCUACAAACAACAUGGCUGACACUUUGUUGAAAAUUCCGAAAGAUUUGUUCAAAAAUGUGAAGUUUUACCUGGCAGAAGAUGGCAAGGAUAAGGUAAAGGAUCUCUUGAAACAAGGAGGGGCUACCAGAGAGUUCUUUUUCAGUAACUUGGCAACACAUGUCAUCUCAAGUACAGUCGAUUUCCCUGAGUAUGAACAGGCCAAGGAAAUUGGAAUACCAAUUGUUAAGCCUGAAUGGGUAAUAUAUUCUGUCAAGUGUGAAGCUAUGAUGCCAACAAAUGCUUUUUCUGUUGGGAAGAAAUUGUUCACGGAUGUGGUAGCAUGCCCCUCACAGGUACCCCCAGCUGACAGAGAUGCAUUAUGGUCGAUGAUAACAUUUUACGGAGGACGUUGUCAAACAACAUUUGAUCCAAGUUGUACGCAUUUGCUGGUGCCAAAACCAGAGGGUGAGAAAUACGAAGUUGCUUUGCAGCACAAGGAAAAAGUUAAAAUCGUUGUCCCAGAAUGGAUUCUGGACUGCAUCAAAGCAAAGGCACUUUUAGACGAAUCUAAGUAUGUACCAGUCAGCGAUCCUGAAGCGCAAAGUCAGUCCAUUCUCACUCCAGACAACCAUGGUGAGACCACUGGUGUCGUAGUGAGUACUGGAAUCGAGAGAGCCGUGGCCGCUCCGUCGUCACUGCUGAGUCCAGACUCACCAGCUGGUUCAAAAUUAAGAAAGUCCUCUGGGACAAGCAAAGGAAGCGAAAAGAGUUCGGAGUUUGAUGCUGCUACUGAUAAAGAAAAGCGUCCAAAAGAGGGGAUUAAAAUCCGGCCCGGGAGACACGCUGCGGAAAACGCGAAACAAGCGUUACGAACUUUGGUCGAUCAGGGCGUCCUCGGUGAACUGGAUGAGAGCGAUGACGUGUACACCCGCAGGAGCAGCGCGAAAGAACUGGGAAAGAGUAGUGGUGUUAGGAAAGAGGUGGAAGUCAAGCAAAACGGAUGUGGAGACACAAGUUCGAAAACAACCUCGAACGCUCCUGAAAAAGAGGUCAUCGUUUCGAAACUUCUGUCAGGCUGUGUUUUCUUUAUCUCUGACUAUCAAUAUACUGUUCCAUUUAGCGCGAUCGACAUGUGGAAAAAAGUUAUAAAACAAAAUGCCGGCGAGGUUGAGGAAGCGUAUUCCCAAAAUGUCACACAUGUUUUGUGUUCCCAUCAACAUGGAGAGCAUUUUCGAAGGGCUAUUGCUGACGGCAAGCGUGUGGUCACGUGUCAUUGGCUAAAUGACGUUAUAUUGAAUCAGAAAUUGAUCGCACCGCAGACCGCCAUUCAUCUUCCUGUUGCGUUCAAAGAUAAAUUUUCCCGUUGUCGAAAUAUGAUAAUUUCUGUGACGGGUUUUCAGGGAAAAGAGAGGGAAGCAUUGAAAAAUAUGAUCUACAUGAUUGGUGCUAAAUACGCAGGAUACUUGAGCCGGACCGUUACACAUCUUAUUUGCCAAAAUCAGACGUCUGAAAAAUACAAGAAAGCGAACGAGUGGGGCAUUACGUGUACAAAUGCAAGAUGGAUUGGUGAUAUUAUGACUGGUGGUUGUGAUUAUCCUGUCAACAUGAAACGUUAUAGAACGUUCGGUAAUGAGAAUGAAUUGGACAUCAACGAGAUUCUGGCUCGUGAAUUGCUGGAGGCGUGGAAGGGUUUUGAAGUAAAAGAAGACGUCAAGGACAAUAAACGUAAGCUGGAAAUGUUGGAACGAGAGAUGCGAGAAUGCGAGGAAGCCAAUAAAAAACCCAGACUUGAAGAGACAGCCCGCACACCCGAGCUUAUGAAUUCAGGCCCAACGACACCCCAGACGUCAGUCCCGAGUAUAGCUCGAACGUCAACAUCAUCCUCCACUGAAUUUACAACUGCAACUGUUGUCAGUCGUAUCAGGCCACGAGUAGUUUUCACUGGUCUCAAUCCCGGCGCUGUACGACGUUUAACUGAAAAACUGAGCGCCAUGGGUGGUGACACAGCAACUUCGAUCAGAUCGUGCACUCAUAUCGUCGCAUCGAAAAUAAUGCGAACAAUAAAGUUCCUCACGGGGAUCUCCGUUUGUCGCUACAUCGUUAGCCCGCAAUGGAUUGAUAAAAGUCACGCUGCUGGUCACUACUUAGAUGAGAAAGAUUACGUGUUACAUGAUGCGGACGGAGAAAGCCUUUAUGGGAUGUCUCUUCCCCAGUCCAUUGAGCGUGCUCAAGCGAAACCUCUUUUUCAGGGAAUAACAAUUUAUGUCACUGCAAACGUCCGGCCUGAUCAAAAGUCGAUGGCAGAGAUUCUCGACUGCGCGGGCGGCAAGCUAAUGGCUGAACUUCCACCUAAAUCAUCGCUGAAGAGCUUGGCUGAAGGCAAAACAGAGGACGGCCAUCCAGCUUUUGUAUGUGUGACCUGUGAAGAAGACACUCAUAUGUGUAAGGAUAUGAAGAUGGCGGGGAUAGGUGUGCAUAAUGUCGAGUUUGUUUUGUCUGGAAUCUUGAAACAACAGCUGGAUUUUUACAGAUAUAAAUUUUAAUCGAAAACUCUUCGGUGGAGGAAGACUUUGGAAAAAGAUGCCCAGAUGAGGUUUCAUCAUAUUGUGUUUUUUAAAAAAGUACAGACAACUUGCAAUAGGAAAUCUUUUUGAGAUAUAAACUCAUUUAUGUUUCCAAUGUCAUGAAGCACUCGCAUUACUUUUAAAGCCUGUUUUCAUGGUCAAACCAGGAGUUAAGGUAUCUAGUUGUAUAUAAGCAUUUGGACUUGUUUACAAAUCAGCAUUAAUCACUGUACGUGUCAGAUCAAUUUUCACCAAUCACAAAAUGUAUUUUUAUUAAAUGUAUGUAUUUAACUUUUUUACACAC